AUGCUGUCCUCCCUCGCGCUCUCCGCAGUCCCAUUGCUGCUGGCCGGCCUGCAGGCUGUGACGGUGGGCGCGGUUCCAACCAUUUCGGCGGUCGGAUCCAAGUUCUUCUUUGAGAAUGGCACACAGUACUACCUCAAAGGUGUCGCCUAUCAGUUGACUCCCAGCGAUCCGCUUAUCGAUACCGCCCAGUGCAAGCGCGAUAUCGUGCGCAUGUCCGAGUUGGGUGCCAACGCCAUCCGAGUGUACCACGUUGAUCCCACUGCCGACCACGAGGGCUGCAUGACGGCCUUUGCAGAUGCUGGCAUCUACCUAUUCGUCGAUCUCGAUACCUUUACCACCCAAAUUGAGCAGACAUCCCCUCACUGGAACGAGACCCAAUUCGACCGUUUCAAGGAAGUUCUCGAUGAGUUCCAGCAGUUCAAAAACACCGCCGGUGUCUUUGUUGGCAAUGAAGUCCUGACCACGGCCAAUGGCUCCCACGCUGCCCCCUACGUUCUGGCUGCUGCCCGUGAUAUCAAGGCCUACCGUGACCAGAAGGGUUACCGGGACAUCCCUGUUGGCUAUUCCGCGGCCGAUAUCGCUGAUCUGCGCCCCAUGCUCCAGAACUACCUUGCAUGCUCCAAGAACGAAUCGGAGCGCCUGGACUUCUAUUCGCUGAAUGCCUAUGAGUGGUGCGGCGAGUCUAGCUACAGCGUUUCGGGAUACGACAUGCUGCAGAAGAAUGCCACGGACUACCCCAUUCCCAUCUUCUUCUCCGAGACGGGUUGCAACACCCCCGCACCUCGUACCUUUGAUGACCAGGCCUCCAUCUUUGGCUCGAAGAUGUCCGGCACUUGGUCCGGUGCGAUCAUCUAUGAGUGGAUUGAGGAGACCAACAACUACGGCUUGAUCAGCUACGGCCCCUCGGUUAGCGCUGCGACCAACACCAUCGUCGAAGAUGGCUACACCCGCCAGGGCACACCAACCCCGGUGUCCCCUGACUUUUCCAACCUCAAGUCCCACUGGGCGACCCUAAGCCCCACUGGAGUUGUCCUUUCCAACUAUAAGAAGGAGACUGCCAGCAUUUCGGCCGCCGAGUGUCCCGCUUACACCUCUGGCGGCUGGGCGGUCGACCCGAGCUCCUCUCUUCCCACUCUGGGACAGACCUACAGCGAGAACGAGUCUGGAAGUACUGCCACUGCUUCGGGCAAAGGCUCGACUGCCUCUGGAACGAGCGCCAGCUCCACCAAGAACGCCGCCAGCACCGUUGGCGCUCACGGCUCCUCGGCUCCCGCUCACCUGCUGACUAUUUCUGUUCUGCUCUCCGCUGGCGUGGGAGCAGUUGCCUUCUGGCUGUGA